AUGUAUGAAAUGGGUUCAGAAGACUGUGCCACGAAUCUUGCAAUGAAGAUGGCUGUUGCAGAAAAUGCAUCAUCCACCAGUAGGGCAAAACUGAUGGAUGAAAGAAAGCUGCGGGCCCGGGACCCGGCCAGCCGGGGCGACAGGUACAUGCUGGUCACCUUCGACGAGGCGCCUUAUUGCAUCAAGGCUGGAUGGAAGGAAAAUCACGCCACCUUCAUGAACGAGUUGAAAAAUUUGCAAGCCUCAGGAUUGACGACCCUCGGACAAGCUCUUCGGUCAUCAUUCGACCUACUGAACCUUAACCGAUUAGUGUCUGGAAUAGACAACUAUGGACAGGGAAGGAAUCCUUUCUUUUUAGAGCCAUCUAUUUUAAUUACCAUCACGGAUGGAAACAAACUGACAAAUACUUCUGGUGUCCAAGAGGAGCUUCAUCUCCCUUUGAAUUCCCCCCUGCCCGGGAGUGAGCUCACCAAAGAACCGUUUCGCUGGGAUCAGAGGCUGUUUGCGCUUGUCCUGCGAUUGCCCGGAGCGCCCUCGGUGGAGCCAGAACAGCUAGGCAGUGUUCCUACCGAUGACUCUGCUAUCACACAGAUGUGUGAAGUCACAGGAGGACGCUCUUACUGUGUUCGGACACAAAGAAUGUUGAAUCAGUGUUUAGAAUCACUAGCUCAGAAAGUUCAGAGCGGCGUUGUCAUUAAUUUUGAGAAAUCAGGACCAGAUCCGCCCCACAUUGGGGAAGAUGGACUUCCGGAUACCACCAGGCCCGUCAACUCUUUCGGUUCUCAGCCGUGGCACAGCUGCCAUAAACUAAUCUACGUGCGGCCUAACCCUAAAACGGGGGUCCCUGUUGGUCAUUGGCCAAUUCCAGAAUCCUUUUGGCCAGAUCAGAAUUCUCCAACACUGCCUCCCCGCACAGCCCAUCCAGUGGUGAGGUUCUCCUGCGUGGAUUGUGAGCCCAUGGUGAUUGAUAAACUUCCCUUUGACAAGUAUGAACUUGAGCCAUCGCCCUUAACACAGUACAUCUUGGAACGGAAGUCGCCUCAUACGUGCUGGCAGGUCUUUGUGAGCAGCAGCGGAAAGUACAGCGAGCUGGGCCACCCCUUUGGCUACUUAAAGGCCAGCACCACCCUCACGUGCGUCAACCUCUUUGUGAUGCCUUACAACUACCCUGUGUUGCUUCCUUUGCUAGAUGACUUUUUCAAGGUUCACAAGCUUAAGCCUAAUCUGAAGUGGCGGCAAGCAUUAGACAACUACUUAAAAACCAUGCCUCCAUACUAUUUACUGCCAUUAAAGAAAGCCCUAAGGAUGAUGGGAGCUCCAAAUCUGAUUUCAGAUAAUUUAGAUUGUGGACUUAGUUACAGUGUUAUCUCUCACCUUAAAAAACUCAGUCAACAGACGAAGAUCGAGUCGGAACGGAUCAUAGGGUCGGUGGGUAAGAAAGCACCGCAAGAAACGGGUAUUAAAGUGAAAAACCACUCCAGUGGCCUGUCCUUGAUCCAGAGCAGGGAUUUCAAACAGCUCCUCCAAGGCAUCUCGGGGGAAUCUCCGCUGAGGCUGCCAGAAAUGAAUGUGAAGGAAUUUCCUGGGUUCCACAUAGGACUCUUGAACAAGGACCUGAAGCCACAGGUGUACCGAAAUGCAUACGAUAUUCCUCGCCACAGCCUCCUGGACCAGCUAACCCGGAUGAGGACCAAUUUGCUGAAAACACACAAAGUUAUUCUAGGCCAGGACGAAGAUUGUCUUCACAGCGUUCCGGUGGCUCAGAUGGGGAACUACCAGGAAUAUCUAAAGAUGAUGCCUUCUCCACUCCGGGAAAUUGAUCCAGACCAACCCAAAAGGCUCCAUACCUUUGGUAACCCUUUCAAGCAGGACAAGAAGGGAAUGAUGAUAGACGAAGCGGAUGAGUUUGUCUCGGGUCCUCAGAACAAAAUCAAGCGUCCGGGAGAACCCAACACCCCUGCCUCCCUGAAAAGAAGACGGAGCAUGUCCCCCCUGCUCAGACGGCCCCAAUCCCCGCCGGUGAUAGCCAAUCACGUCGGUGGGAAGGGGCCCCCGCCCCCUGCCGGCUCCCCGUCCAACCCCAGUCUCAAAACCGCACCAGCAGCUUACAGAGAUACAAAUAGCAAUAUGGUCCAGGAAGGCAACAGCGAAAAGAAGGGUGACAACCUCCAGUCCUUGGACAGGCAGAGCGAUGGGCCACUCGGGGGGCAUCCGGUCCCCAUGUCCCCAGCAGCCGGGAUGGACAGCGACUUGCCUGAUGACAUGGACGCUUUGUCCAGCGACGAACUGAAUUGCGUCGGGGAAGAUGGACUGGACCACAGGCCUGUCGCCAAUUCCCUCAUUCGGGGACCCGUAAACUAUAGCAUCUCCGAAGACCAGAAGCAGCUAAUGGCUGAGCCGGGAUCUGGAGCCGUGCCGGAUGCCGUGAAAAUUACGCCCAGCAUGUUUGAAGGGAACAACGAAGUCAUCAAAAUCAAAGUUAUGAAGGAAGUCCGCAAGCCUGGGAGAAAUUAUGAAAAAAUAUUCUCUCUCCUCGAAGAAGUGCAAGGCCCUGCGGAAGUUCAAAAAUAUUUCAUUGAAUUUGCUAUCAAAGAGGCGGCAAGGUUUAAAAAACGGGUCUUAAUUCAGCACUUAGAGAGAAUACUAGAGGAAAUAGAGUUCAGAAGCCUCCCCAACAGAGUUAAUCAUGUCAACAGUAGAUAAUAGUGUCCCAGCACGACAGUCGCAUGACGGGCCAGGGAGAACGUGUUGGCGGUGUCGCAGAGGAGCGGAAGAGGAUGUGGCAGCCGUGACCUCGGCCACCCUGGCAGCCAGGCCGCUUUUCCGCGGGCGUCUACAAAGAAGGGCGGCGUUUUUACGUUUGCGAGAGGCCUCUUUCGCCGCAAACGAGGGGGGGGCCUGUGACCCUGAUGGAUUUGCCGCAGACGGCGUGGCUUCCUCCCUCCCACCCACCCACGACGGAGGGCCUGAUCUGCUCAGUGGGCUGAAGACAGACCUACCCAGGGCUGCCCUCUCCUGCAGACAUUAUGAAAGCGCACCCUGAAGCUUUCCAGGUCCAAGACUUCAGUUCCUCUUUCAUCUUGUGAGGAGGACGGAGACUCUUCACGUGGACUUGGCUUUGGAAGCGCUUAAAGGAAACUUUGGGUUAAUUUUUUUAAAAAAAAAAAUUAAAAUAACCACAGACACAGAACCCACACACAGAGAGACAAAAAACCCCACACCCCACAUUCUUCCCCUCUCAAUCUAUAUGUAUAUCUAUAUAUUUUACUUUUUAAAUAUUCAUAUGAGAAGAGAUUAUUUUGGACCGUGUUGUUUACCAGAUCCUUAAUUUGAUAUAUCCGAUGGCGUGUGGGCGGGUGCGUGGAUGCGGAUGUACCCCUCCCACACCCUUAUAUAUAAGAAGAUUUUUGGAGUACUUGUAUAUAAGAAUAAAAAAAACAUUUUAUGAUUUUUCUAACCA